UAAAAUUAGCUAUCUUUGUUUCUCUAAAUUUCAUUGUUAUUCUUCUAAAUUUUAAGUAAAGACUAAAUUUGGCUUAUUUAAAUAAAUUACUUCUACUUUUAAAGUUAAUAAAAAUAUAAAACAAGGUACAAUGGCAUCUGAACUCAAUAUGAAUCGUUUAAAUUUACCAAACAUGGUUGAUCGACAGCUAAAAGAGGUCUCUUUGCCCGUUGAAACAUACUUUAGUCCAAACAUUUUAACGGGAAAGCGCAAAGUUCUUGAGGAGAGACCGCUUAAAACCGAAAUAAGCACAUCAUUCAAUAGCAUUGUAGCAUCUGUACAUAAUAAACUAAGAAAUCGGAAAGUUCGAAGAGUUGAGAAACCUGCAAUCAUCGAAGAAAAAUCAACUAAUGAGAUGCCGGCAGAAACUUCACCACAAAAUCCUGCAAACGUUAAAUCAGAAAUGGUAGAAACUAAAGCAGAUCCAAAGGUCAAUAGUACGAAACCAACUAUACCAUUUAAAGCGACUUCCAUACCACAAAUAAAAGCGGCUCGCGCACAAAAGCAACAACAGCGCAUGCGACGUGCAAUACAUAAUUACCAGGAUUACAAUGAUCCCGCAAGUCAUAGGCGACUGCUCGAGGUGCAAAAACAAAAAAGAAUUCUCGAAGAAAUGCUUUUGGAAAACGAGCGAAUGGAUCGUGAUCGUCAAGCUAUGGCCUUAGAGAUACAAGCGCUGCGGGAAUAUAUGAAUGAUUUAGGACACAAAUUGGAUAGCUACUCUAAAAGGUUAUCGACGAAACCGAUUACGCGCUGUGAGCCUUUGUUGAAACCCAAACUGAAUCUAAAGCCACAGCCGUGGAAUAGUUUGAGUUCCAGGAAAAUACUUAGUCCGAUAAGAAAAGCGCAUGUACCACAAUCAAUAUUGAAAACUACCAAUUCUACACCGAAAUCAACAAAUCAAGCUAAAAACACAGCAAGUAGCCCCGUGCGACAUAAUCGUAGUCCGAUACGUAAUUCACCCAGCCCAGCCCGAAAUACAAAGCGUUGAGAAGCAAAUUAGUGCCCACAUGCAUAUGUAUGUAUGUAUGAUGGACGAAGUUGUUAUACAGAUAACUCUGCUGAAUUUUCGAAUGCAGUGCGCCCACAAAUGUAGGCUAUGGAAUAUAGUGGCUGAUUUAAUUGUCGGUGUACCAUAGACAACAAUUGAAAAUAAUAAAAAAAAUAGUAAAAUACUAAAAACCUUGUUCGUUGCCACGUAAAGACAUACAAAUAUACACUUUUUGUUCAUAUAUCAUCUAUAUACCAUUGCUUCGAGGUCAUAUACCCAUACAUAUACAAUUUCUGAAACCUAGUAGUUGAUGAAAAACACAGCAUUUAAAUUCUUAAACAGUGAUUUAUUUCAAUUAGUUUAGCACUAAAAUAGCUGAUAGAGGUGUGGUGGUGUAUAUUAGAUACCGGCUAAACCUUGAAAGGUUCACCACCAAUCUAUUUUACUACCCAUAUUUAAAACUAUCAGAUAUGUUCACAAAUCUGAUUGGUGUUAGGUAUUGUUACCAAAAGACGAAUGAUGGUUAAUCUGCUUUGGUUUAAUGUUCACCGGUAUAAAUAAACACAAAAAUGUAAUUUUAAAUUUGACCUCUAUUCUUAGCUUUUUAUAUCUCCUAUUACAUAUAUAUACAUUUUUUUUUUAAUCAAGCUAAAUAAUAUACUAAUACGAGUAUAAGUGAAAGCAAAUAUACCCAAUAGAAAACACGACACAUAUUUUAACGUGCUAUCCGAGAAACACUU